AUGAUCUCCCACGCUCGCUCCAGCUCUGGCAGUGGCGAGAUGCCAAGGCGGCGCGGAUGGUCCGCACAUCGACUCGGCAUGUCGAUCGCUCUUGCCCUCCUCACUACAGUCACAUUGCUCUUGCUCUCAGCAUCCACAACCUCGAUCGGCGUCUCCGCAGUAAGCUCGCGUCCGGCGCUCUUUCGCUCUCCAGCUUCUGACAAUUCGCGCGGUGCCGAUUUCUUGCAGCAAGUGCUCACCAAGCCAAGAUCGCAACGGCCCCCGGCAGAAGCAGCAGCGCCCGCUCUCGGCGCAGAACCAAUAUGUCGCCCCACGGGCCAGAUCGAAGACGCCUCCUGCGACUACGAAACGGUCGAAACCAUCAACUCGCAGUUCUUUGAUCGCCUCGACACGCUCCGCAAGACCGACUUUUUCAAGUUUUACAAAGUCAAUCUGUUCAAGGAGUGUCCUUUCUGGAACGAGAACGGCUUUUGCAUGAACCGCGCCUGCAGUGUCGAGACCGAGGACGAGUCCAACGUGCCCGAAGAGUUCCGCGUCAACCGUCUCAGCUCGGUUACCACUGCUUCGCCCCAGGACGUCGUCAUGACCGGGUCCGACGCCAGCUGCUCAUGUUCCUCCACCGAGUUUUGCCACCUCGAUGACGAGUCGGCUGAAGAGGGCGUUUACGUCGAUCUGCUCAAAAACCCAGAGCGUUUCACCGGUUAUGCCGGUCCCAGCGCCAACCGGGUCUGGAAGUCGAUCUACGAGGAAAACUGUUUCAACGGGGUCAAGUUCGUCGAGCCUGCGAGACCCACCUCUUCCGGCGGCACUGGGUUCGUCGAUAAGAGCAUGCUGCAGAGCUCCAUCCCGGCCCUCGGUGGGCUUUCUAGCGGCUUCAGCGGUCUGGUUUCCUCGCUCCAAGCUCCCUUGGAUAGUGGAGACAGCGAGCAGUGCCUGGAGAAGCGAGUCUUCUACCGCAUCAUCUCGGGCUUGCACGCCUCCAUCUCUAUCCACAUCUGCCACGACUUCCUCGACACAAAGACAGGCGAAUGGGCACCCAACCUCGAAUGCUUCAUCACGCGCAUUGCCGAGCACCCGGAGCGUCUGCAGAACGUGUACUUCGACUACGUCUUGCUCCUCCGCGCCCUUUCACAGCUAGGCGACUCGACGCAGAACUUCUCGCUGCGGGCUGGAGACUCGAUCGAAGAUCCCCUGGCGGUGGCACAGCUCGACCAGCUGAUCAGCGAUGCACGUGCAUGCCCGACGACGUUUGACGAGGCGCAGAUGUUCAAUGGCCAGAACCGCGAGUCGUUGGAGCUGAAGCAGGAGUUCAGGCAGCAUUUCAGGAACAUCUCGACGAUCAUGGAUUGUGUGGGCUGCGACAAGUGUCGCUUGUGGGGCAAGCUGCAGGUGAAUGGGAUUGGGACGGCGUUGAAGUUGUUGUUUAAUCGCAAUGACGAGAGCGAGGGCGUGGGCGAGGUGAAGCUGCAGAAGUCCGAGUUGGUCGCGUUGGUCAACGCGGCGCAUAGGAUCGCGGAGAGUUUGCGGGCCGUAGAGCGCUUCAGAGAUAUGUACCAAGAGCAGAAGCUUGGAGCGGCGGCAGCAACAGGCGAGGUAGCUGGCAUUGUAGACAAACGAGAGGCAAGCCAUACCGAGCGUACGAAGGUCAAUGGUACGCAGCAGCAGUACGACGUCGAGGUCGAAGUCGAAAAAGCGAUGCACGAGGAGACGAAGUUAGCCCAUUGGCUGCACUGGAUCGAGAAGCAGGCCGAAGCGUGUAAGCGCUCGCUCGUUCACUGCCUACAUGCGCUCGGCCUUGUCACCGGCUGGUCUACUGACGGCGGCCGUGGCACGAGCAAGCAUUCGGAGCUCUAG